AAAAUUGUUCAAGCAUGUAAAGAACCAGUAACAAAACGCUUACUACUGAAGUUGAUGUCAAAGUUUUACGAUCCUCUAGGCUUGUUUGCUCCAGUUACAGUAGUUGUGAAGAUAUUGUUUCAAGAUACAUGGCUUAGUGGUAUUCAGUGGGAUGAACUAUUACCUCCAUCUGUAGCACAGCAGUGGCACAAGUGGAUAAAUGAAUUACACUAUCUGAAUGAAAUAUGCAUCCCAAGAUGGAUUGGCUUUUCCGAAAAUUCCGACGUUACCAUACAUGUGUUUUGCGACGCUUCGGAACGUGCAUAUGGUGCUUGCUUGUACGCGCGUCACGCAGAUGAUAUUUCUACAGAGAUCCAUCUCAUUUGCAGUCGAAAUAAACUAGCCCCAAUCAAAAGGGUCACCCUUCCGAGACUUGAAUUGUUAGCUGCACUACUAGGAGCUCGCCUACUCCGAUACUUUUGCAGGGAAACGAACAUGAAUUCCCACACUGCCAUACUAUGGAGCGAUUCUACUGUAGCUUUAAGUUGGAUAAAGGGAAAUCCUAACCAGUGGAAAACAUUUGUCUGCAACAGAACAACAGAAAUCCUUCAAAACACUACUUCAGCACAAUGGCGCCACUGUCCCGGUACAGAUAACCCUGCGGAUCAUCUUACUCGUGGUACCUUUCCAUCACAGUUAUCGAUUUUAGAAUCUUGGUGGCACGGUCCGAAAUGGCUAAAACAUGAUCCAGAAACUUGGCCUAUCAAAGUUUUAUCUACACGUACACAACCUUUAGUUGAAGCUGAAUCACGAAAAACCAAAUUUCAAUCCUCCUACGUUGCAACUACAGAACCCAUCAUAGAUAUAUCUCGUUAUAGUUCUUACACGAAACUUCUUCGUGUGACUGCCUGGAUUCUACGUUUUGUAUACAACUGUAAGACUCAGCAACGCAUAACUCAUGAACUGAAUUGUAAUGAAAUAGAGAAAGCUAAAAACUAUUGGAUACAAACUGUACAGAAUCAAUGUUUCUCAGCUGAAAUAAAUGCCUUAAAAGCUGAACGUCCCCUGCCGAAAAAAUCCAAAAUUUCCUGUUUCAAUCCCUUUCUUGAAGAUAAUUAUUUACGCCUUGGGGGAAGGCUGCAAUUUUCAAACAUUUCUUCUGACACUCGACACCCUUUAUUGCUCGAUGGUAAACACUAUUUUGUCCACCUUUUGAUCCAGCAUACACACAUACGACUUCACCACUUAGGUGUGCGUAUAAUCCUGUCCGAGUUACGUUCAACCUUCUGGAUUUUAAGAGGACGUCAAGCUAUAAAGCAAGUUAUUCACAAAUGCCUACCUUGCAAGCUGUCCAAAGCGAAAUACGGAAAACAAAUCGAAGCUCCUUUACCUCCUGAAAGAGUUGUACCUUCUGCUCCAUUUACUACCACAGGAAUUGAUUUUGCUGGACCCGUGAAUAUUCGAUGUUUGAAAUCAAGAGACACAGCCUACAUAACACUAUUUACUUGUGCAACAACACGUGCAUUACACAUCGAACUUGUGUCGGAUCUUACCACAGACAAAUUUCUUUUGGCACUACAACGUUUUGUUGGCCGCAGAGGACUCCCACACACAAUCUAUACCGACAAUGCUACCACUUUUCAUGCAGCAAAUAAGGACUUGAUUCUGCUAUGGCAAGUUCUGUCAUCAGCUAAAACUCAGCAAUAUUAUGCCCAAAAUGGCAUAACUUGGAAAUUUAUCGCCCCACGAGCGGCUUGGUGGGGAGGCUGGUGGGAACGCCUAAUCGGAGUUGUCAAGCGAUGUUUACGAAAGGUACUCGGACGAGCACUUCUUGACGAGGAAGGUCUGUCCACGGCCCUCAUUGGAAUAGAAGCCGCUCUGAACAGCCGACCAUUGAUAUACGAAGAUGACAGUUCCACAGCCUUAACACCAAGCCAUUUCUUGACAGGACGGAAACUAACGGCCAUUCCAUCCAGCCCAAAUAACAACACAAAGCUAAGAAAAUUCUACAAGCAGCAGCAGGACUUACUCGACUGCUUUUGGAAAAAAUGGUCUAAGGAAUAUUUGCUUCAAUUGCGGUCAUUUCAUCAAGUUCGUAAUCAGGACAAUAUCAUUAACAUCCGAAUUGGCGAUAUUGUACUUCUACAAGAAGAUGUCCGACCACGUCACAUGUGGAAGAAAGCUAGAGUGGUGAACUUGCAUGAAGAACGAGAUGGAAAAAUAAGAUCCUGUGAGCUGAGAGUUAAUGGUCACAAUAUAACCCGUCCGGUAGCUCUGGUCAUCCCCCUCGAGGUCGACCAGGGUGGGAAGGAUGUUGAGGUUUGAGUUCGAGAUUAGUUAGAUAGUUUAAGUUUCCUGUGCUGGCAACAUCUUAUUGUUUUUAUAUUCUUUUUGAUGUAAAUAAAAGUUAAGUUUUCAGUUUGUUCUACGUGACUUUCAGUCUGAUUUGCUCUCAACAAAAUCC